AAAAGUCCCCUCUCUCUCUUCUCUCUUCUCUCAGCUAAUUUCACAAGCUCCUUCAAACCCUAACGCCGAGGCCAGUCGCUAUCAGCGUCAGCGACGUUGUGAUUCUCUGAGCAAUUCCUGAACAUCUUCGGCGAACAAUCUCCUCCGUGGAUUUUAAUCUUCAUUGACGAUCUCUCCCUCCGUCACUACUUAUUAUUUUUUUUUGUCCUCGCUCCAAUUUCUUCCCCGAAUGUUCCAUCCAUUGCUUUUGAUUUAGGCUUUCGCCGUCGGGUUAGCCUGAAUCCGAAAUUUCUGGUCUGUGAGGAAGAGCGAACAGAGUCAUUGCUUCAGAGAACCUAGUUUUGUAUGAAGAGAUAAAGGAAGCUCUGCGUUAUUGAAGUGGUUUCAUGGAACUUUCUGUUUCCUCUCCAAAGCAAAGUGUGUUAUCUCCACCUGAGUGUAUGAGUGACCCUGAGGAGGAGCAUGAGAUCAGCGAGGAGGAGGAUGACGAUCGCAACCAUAAGCACCGAAGGAAAGAAGAGGCGAGGUCUCAGUCCUUGGAACAAGAUUCUUCAGAUCAGGGGUUCUCACGGCCAUACAGGAAAAAUUAUAGACAUAAUGAAAAUGGGAAUUCGUUUAGUGAACAAGAAAAGCGGCCUUUUGGGGCAGGAUCAGGGCAACGUGUACAGUAUGAUAAUCAAAGAAUGAGGUCGAAUCCAAUGUUUUCAAGGGACUCUGGUCCUGGUAGAGGUAGAGGAAACUAUGGUUCUUGGGCCCAGCGUGAUUCCAGAUUUAAUCCUGUUGAUCUCUCAUCUCAUAUGGUUCAAGUCAGGUCUAUGGCCCCCAAUAUGUUUGGAGGAAGGGGACUAGCUGGUGUUUCAGCUGCUCAGAGUGCACCAUGGCCUGCUUUUGGAAUGAUUCCUGGAGUUCCAAAUGGUGGCUUGGAUGGUUUCCAUCACUUACAAGGUUCCCUAAGACCUCCCUUAAAUGCUCCACUCAGCAUGGGUAUUCCUCGACAGCGAUGCAGAGACUUUGAGGAACGUGGUUUCUGCCUCAGAGGGGACAUGUGUCCAAUGGAGCAUGGGAUGAAUCGUAUUGUUGUUGACGAUGUUCAGAGUCUAUCACAGUUUAACCUUCCUGUUUCAGUCCCUGGUGCACCUCAUCUGGCAGCUUCUUCCAAACCGGUGACUGCACAAUUUGGGGGUGCUAAUUUCAUGAAUGCUAAAGGAGCUCAUGGGAGGAUUAACGAGGUUGGAAUGACUGUUGAUGGUUUGGGUUAUGGGGAUGCAUAUCCUAGUGCUGGUGGAACUGAUUUUUAUGAUCCUGAUCAACCUUUGUGGAAUAACAGUACUGGUGAAACGUCAGGUGCAAUAUCUACUCUAAAUUCUCAUGGGAUUGAUGAGAAUGUAGCUCCAGUGGAUGACAAUAACCAAGAUGGCGCUGAAAAUGGAUGUGGUAUUCGAGAUUCUAGAAGCACAAGUCAAUCAGUUUGGGGAAGAAUGCGUGGUUCUAAUAGUCAAACGAAUUCGAAAGAGAAAACUGAUGCAGUAUUAAAUUCAUCAGCUGGUCUUGAAGAUCAAUUAAAGGAGGUCUCAGUUAAUAUAUCCCGACAUGGUAAACAAAAUUAUGUCGGUGAAAGUGUCACAAAAGUUGUUGAUUCAUCAAGUACUUCAAAUGAUGCAAUGAACAAUACAAGGAAAUCAACUCAAAAGGCAAUGCGGACUCUAUUUGUGAAUAAUGUUCCCCACGAGAGCAACAGAAGGGACCUCAUUCUUGCCCAUUUUCAGAAGUUUGGGAAAGUUAUUGAUAUUCACAUCCCAUUGAAUAGUGAGCGGGCAUUUGUACAAUUCUCGAAACGUGAAGAAGCUGAAUCUGCUCUCAGGGCUCCUGAUGCUGUGAUGGGUAACCGCUUUAUUAAACUUUGGUGGGCAAAUAGAGAUAGUAUACCUGAUAAUGGCUUGUCCACUGGCAAUGGUGCUUCUAUGAAGGGUCGUGGUAUGACUGCUGCUGGAGGGCAGAACCAACUUCCGAUUGCUGCAGCUUUGAAAAGCAACCAUGUAAAUUCCAUGGCAAAGGGUCCUGCCUUUCACACUGGUGGAGCUCCGUCCUCCUCUGAACAGUCUAAGCCUGUGGUUGCUACUAGUGGUCCCAAGGUUAUGCUGCUUCAGCGGAAGAAAGCAGACACUCUUGAGCAGUUGAAGGAGACACUUCGGAAAAAACAGGAAAUGUUGGAGCAGAAGCGUAACGAGUACCGCAAAAAAUUGGCCACACUUGAAAAACAAGGUACGGUUGUCAAGGGCGAGGAAACAGAUGAGCCAGAUGCUAAGCGCGCUAAAGUAGACGCAGCCUCUGAUUCCGGUGCUGCAAUUGCAUCACCAAAAACAGAGUCAUCAACAGAUACGAGAGUGCCUAUCCAGAAACCACUUUCCACUUGCAAGCUAAGCACAGAAACACCAUCUCCUGAUUCAAAAAACCUGAAGCAGAGACCUUAUUCGUAUACCACAAGUUUGAAAGCUCCUAUGGCAAAUAGGUAUAAGUUGGAUAACCGCACCACGACCAUCAAAGUGGUUCCUCCUUUGCCAACUGGGUUAGCUGAUGUUGCUGUCUUAAAGGAACAUUUUUCUUAUUAUGGCGAAGUCUCAAAAGUGGAACUCGAAGACAAUGUGUCCAUUGGUAGUGGCAAGGACCAUGAAACAGAUAACGAAAACCGUGCAGCUUGUGUCACAUUUGUGAAACGCAGCGCAGCCGAGAAAGCAUUAGCUAAUGCAAAGUGUUGGCAAGAACACAUGUUGCAGCUUGUGUGGGUAACACGUCAAAGCAGCAGAGAGAGCAAUAAUAACAGCAAAAGCAAGUGCGCUUCUAAUGACCCAAAACCAGCAGAUGAAGUCAAGACCUCCUCUACAGAAAAUCUAGAGAAUACAAAUGUUUCUGAAGAUAACGACAGUACUUUGGAUAAACAAGAGACCAAAGAAAGCGACAACGAUAACAAUAAAAGUAACCACGAGUCCAUCGAAGGAGCUUCUGAGGCGAUUGUAGCUACAGGAACUGAUGAAGAUCAGUCAGAACAAAUCCGUGAGUGAGUAGAAUGUGAAAAAGAAAAGAGAGAAAAGAGAAGACAGAAAAAAGUGUAUUGUUACAUUUGGCCUUCCAAGAACAUUUGGUUGGGUCUUUGUAUCAGCAGAUCUUUGUGUUUUUUUUUUCCCAGUUAUUUAGCUGCUAUAACAAUUUCGAUUCUGUUGUAUAUAGUUUUGGACAUUUUGAUUCUUAGUCGUUUAUAGUGGAGGAGAAAUUUGGUUCGGAAGCCAUUUUGAAAGUUAUAUGCAAGACUUGUAUUCUUAUCUCCUUUUAGGAUUGGAAUCUUCAAGUUACAGUGUAGUGUAUUUGUUUUCUUUCAGUUCUAACAUUUAUAAAGGAACAGUUGUAAACAAAUUCAAUAGUUGUAAAUAAUUUUAUGCA